AUGGCCAAUCGUUUUGACAAUCAAGAAAAGAGCGACGCAACUGCCGGAGAAGAUCAUGAAAAUACCAAUAACAACCAAAAAUCGAUUCAAGUGAAAGCAGAUAUCGAUCUAGAGAGCAAUGCCAACCUUAUUUGUGAUGUAAGUGGUUCCAAUGGGGUAGGAUCAUUCAUCUUCCAAGGACAGGUUCAAUAUGAUCAAACUAUCACCUGCACCAAAGUAGCACCGGGAUUAAUCAAAUGGAGUGGAUGGGUAAAGCAUGACGGUUGUAAGAAUGGUGGAAAACUUUCAAUCUCUGCCAACAUGAUCAACUUUUCUUGCUAUUGCACCAAAUUCAAUGGAUGUUCAGUAUCAAACAUUCUUCAAAUAACCUAUUAA